AUGUCCCCCUCCAACCAGGCCGAAGAAACCAAAGUCCAGCCCGCCGUCCUCCUCGUCGACAUCCUCGGCACCCAGCGCUCCCUCACCACCUUCUUCUCCCUCUCCCGCAUGCACCCCGAGACGAGCGACCCCCUCGCCGACCCCAACACCAAGACCACCGUCCUCGCGCCCAGCAACGUCGUCAUCGAGGACCUGCCCCAGAAACCGUGGGAGAAUACAGACGACUAUAAGACGUUUGGGGAGCAGGCGUACGAUGGCUCGGGCGGGAAAGAUCGCGCGGACGAGAACAUGAUGAGGUUCGUGCAGGCGCAUCUCGUCAUUGGGCAGUCGAGCCCCUGGGAGGCCGGCGUCAAGGCCAAGACGGCGGCGGGGAAGGAGGUUUGGUGGGAGGAUCGUGGCGAGGAGAAGAGGGUCGUUAUGCCGGAUGGGGUCGAGGUUGAGCGCGUUGCGAGCCGGGUCGCUAAUGGCGAGGUGUGGAUCUUGAAAGGAGUGUUGACGUCUGCGUGA